AUGUCUUCCAAACAAGAGCAGCCUCCCCAUCGGCCAAGAUACCAUGCUUGGCCAGAGCAAUGCACCGUCUUAAAGGUUGCGGUGGCCACCAUUUCGCCAUUUCUGCAGGUACCCGGUCGGACUUCAUCAUUACACAACAUCUGGAAUUCAGCCAGUGAGCAAGGACCCAGACAUCAGUUGGACACCAGUCGAUGUGCUUCCCGCAUCAACAGGAGCUUCGUCCUGCAGUGCUUCGAUGAAAGUCUCUCCCUCGCCUUCGUGGGCCGCUGA